AUGACGGAUGGGGAAGGGGCCAUUUCCAUGUUGAACACUCUUCCUUCCUCAUUGUGGUCUAAGGGCCCCUUUGAUGUGGGAAGAUGCAGCAUGGAACCAGUAACAUUUGAAAUGAACACUUACUGCCCUAUCUGGAGACCUCAGUAUAAACAUAAAGCAGAAGCAGCCCAGGGCAUCUCCCCUACGAUUGAGGGACUAAUAAAAGCAGGGGUAUUAAAAAAAUCUUAUUCUCAGUGGAAUACUCCCAUUUUGCCAGUAAUCAAACCCUCCGGCUCAUACAGAAUGGCUCAUGAUUUACGAGCCAUAAAUGAGCUGGUUUCGACCCCUGUUACACCAGUGCCUAACCCCCACUCUGCUCUCUCCAUGCUCACCACUGCCCACACCUCAUUUACAUGUAUAGACUUAGCUAACGCUUUCUUUUGUCUACCCUUAGCAGAACAUUUACAGGAUAUUUUCUCGUUUACAUAUGAAGGCCAGAGGCUGACAUAUAAUGUGUUACCACAGGGCUUUAUUCUUUCGCCCUCAAUUUUUAAUGAAACCCUAAGAAAACAUUUAAAAGGGUUGGAACUUCCGGACGGAUGUUUUAUUGUCCAGUAUGUUGAUGACUUGCUCAUAGCAGCACCCUCGGCGGAGGUGUGUCUGUCUAUGACGCAUGCUCUUUUGUUAAGACUAUAUAGUUGUGGCUAUAAGGUCUCUAAAGAAAAACUCCAGUGUUGCAGAGCGCAGGUAUCAUUCUUGGGAAGAAUAAUUACAGCCAAAGGCACUGCCAUGUCACCUGCACACAGAGAGUCGAUUUUGCACCAUCCAAAACCACUAAUCGUUAAAGAAAUGUUGUCAUUCUUGGGACUCACUGGUUAUUCCAGACAGUACAUUCCUAACUACGCCGGAGAUACACAGUUGCUUAGACAGAUGGUAACUAUGGCAGGAAUGAGAAAUCUUACGGCAGAACUGGAAUGGUCACAGGAGGGGGAAGAGGGGUUCAUCCGCCUAAAACAGAAGAUGGCCGAAGCGGCUGCUUUAGCCCUUCCGGACUAUUCCCAGCCGUUCCAUCUUGACGUAUCUGAACAGCUGUCUACCGCCCAUGGUGUCUUGUAUCAGAAGCAAAGAGGAGACAGAAAUGUGUUAUAUUAUUGUAGCAUAUUAUUAGAUACCCAAGAACAGAGAGCCAGCCCCUGCGUAAGGUAUGCGGCUGCACUGGCUAAAAUAGUGGAGAAAGUGGGUCAUAUCGUCAUGCACCACCCACUCCGAAUUCUCACUUCCCAUAGUACUGUAGCCUACGUUACAUCAGCGUGUUUCACUCUCACUCCAUUGCGACAGACGAAGAUUCUACAAGUACUAUCAAAGCCACACAUCUCUUUUUUCCACGAGGGUUGCAAUAUGGCUGACAAAAUGGGGGAUGGUCAGGGUAAAAAGCACUUAUGCGCAGAAAAAUCUAUGUCAUUCACAAAACUACGAGCAGACUUAGAAACCACCCCCUUAACAAUAUGUGAUCUCAGUCUAUUUACAGACGGCUGCUGUUUUAGACAUCCCACGGAGGGGUUAAAAGCUGGAUAUGCUGUAGUGUCGGUUCCUGAUGUCACCUCAAAACCUAUCACACUGUGCUCCGCUACACUAGACGGAAAACAAUCUGCCCAAGCUGCUGAGUUGACUGCUGUGGUAUCCGCUCUUAAACUCGCUGAAGGUAAAGCUGUAAAUAUUUUCACGGAUUCGGCAUAUGUGUGUAAUGCUAUUCACAGGGACAUGUCAGGUUGGGUACAAACAGGGUUCAAGACAAGCGGAAACAAAAACAUGGCACAUGAGGUGCUCAUGAGAGAGUUGUUGUCUGCCAUUAAGCUUCCUAAAAAGGUUGCUGUCUUAAAAGUGAAAGGUCAUUCUCAGGGAGAGGACCUAGAGAGCAUUGGCAAUAAUGCUGCGGAUGUUGCAGCCAAGGCUGCUGCAGGAUAUGUUGUUGAAUGUAUAUUAAUGCUUGGCGAAGAAGUAGGAGCAUUUAUUGAUGAUGUAAAAAAGGCACAGGAGGACGCUCCUGCACAUGAGAAAAAAUCCUGGGAUGAUGCAGGUGCUACGGAUUGUUUUGUAGGAAUGUGGCAGAAAGAUGGGAAGACGGUAAUGCCGUCAGAUUGGAUACCAUCCAUGUUAAAACAAACACAUGGCUUACAUCAUGGGGGAGUGGCGGUAAUGAUGUAUGCUCUGGAGGCAUGGUGGUUCCCACAAAAGAGGAAAACCGUGAUUGAUUUCGUACAAAAUUGUACUACCUGUCGGGCAUGCAACAUUCGACCUACUGAAAAACCUCCUUUGGGAAAAUACCCAAAACCUGAGGGUCCUGGCGAACAAAUAGUUAUGGAUUUUACGGAUAUGGGGAUCCGGGCGGGAGGGAAAAGAUUUUUGUUGGUCAUAGUGGAUGCAUUUUCCAGGUGGAUUGAGGCCUAUCCUACUGGAAAAGAGGACGCUAAAACAGUCAUCAAAUGUUUGGUGAAUAAUUAUAUACCAUAUCAUGGUUUUCCCAAACUUAUUCGCUCCGACAAUGGCUCUCAUUUCAAAAAUAAGGAUUUGAGAGAAGUGGAGACGGUUUUGGGUCUGGAACACAAGUUUGGCACAGUGUACCACCCCGAAUCGCAAGGAAAAGUUGAACGUGCGAACCAGACCAUUAAGGGGAAACUGCUGAAGAUUUGUCAGCAAACAGGUUUGCCAUGGACUGAGGCUCUUCCCAUUGCUCUUCUGGCUAUGAGAUCCUCAGUCAAUAGGCAAACAGGUUUAACACCGUUUGAACUCAACUGUGGACGACCUUUUCCAGGUCCCACAGUGCCUUUGUGUGUCCUACCUGCUGUAGGCUACCGCCCGUAUUAUCAGAAGGUGAAUGCUCUUGUCUCAGCUCUCUCCUGUUCAGGUGCCCCCCAUGCUCCGAAGCCUGUGUUGCUGACAGCACCUGAAGGCCCCCCGGAACACCUUUGGUUGAAGGUGUUAAAGAGGAAGUGGUCGGAGCCACGGUGGACGGGGCCUUAUAGAGUGAUAGCGAGGACAACAACGGCAGUACAACUUGGAGGGAAAGGCGGAGUUUGGUGGCACUUGACCCAGUGCAGCUCAACAAAAAAUCCAAAACCAACGGCAGACUUCAUCAGCGGAGGGGUGGACAAAGGAACAGCACCAGGGGUAGAUGCAAGCAUCUCUGCAGGGACACCAGAGAAGAGCACAGAAGAAGACACGUAAACAUUGAAGCUAAUGACUGAAUUUUUUGUUUUCUAU